AUGACCACGGGUCUUACUGGUGCAGGUUUCAAAUGCAUUGUUUCAGCUAGCCACUUUCUUACUAAGCUUAGCAUAGCAGCACCGUCGAGCAGGUUCCUUUAUCCGAACCUCCCUCCCUCCCCCCGAGACGGAAGGUCGACACCUCGAUUCUUGACCGGGCUGGAAGUGGUGACCAGGAUCCGGGACAUGGACUUGUGGUUUGACAGGCACUUCCUGCCCCACCACUUCCCCUCCUGUCCUCAAAGAUGGCACAUAUUUAUAGUUUAA